UCAAGAAGAAAGGUGACAGACGUCUAAACUUCAAAAGAACUCGGACCCGGGCUUUUGCUUUCUCACUCGUGAGAGGACCGAUAGCGGACUUGAUGCCUCCGAGUUUCCCCCUCCCCCCUUCGCAAUGAUUGUCUGCAAUGGUGACAUAGUGGGGCGCGCGAGGGGGUUCGCAACAAUAAAUAACCAGACGGUGGCCUCGAGAGGCUCGGACGCGCAGGAGAUGCUCUAGAGCCUCACGAACUCAUCACCAACGACUCGACGCCUCUCCCCUGUAUAAUCAAAACCGGACACCAAUCUUUUUUGACAAAAAUGGCCACGUCGGAUGACCAGAGCUCGAGCUCGCCCCUCCUCGACCACAUCGUCAUCCUCCUCCCCCACCAAGUCCUCGCCUCCCUCCCCUCCUGGAUCUCAUCCGAGUUCACCAUCCUCACGGGAGGCCGCCACGCCGACGGCCGCACCGAGAACAAGCUCGUCAUCUUCGCCGACGGCACCUACCUCGAGCUCAUCUCCUUCGUCGAGGGCCUCGGCAAAGAAGAGCGCCUGAAGCACAAGUGGGGUCCGAAACCGGACGGCACCGUCAUUGACUGGGCGUACUCUCUCAAGGAGGAAUCCGGCUUCGCCGCGAUCCAGGAGCGCGUGCGUGAAGCUCAGUCCGCAGCUAUCUACGACGACCCAGUUCCGGGGGGAAGAAUCCGACCGGACGGCACGGAGCUGAAGUGGGCCGUGGCGCUCCCGGCCGGCGCCGGCGACGGGGCUGGGUCGGACGGAGCGGUGGAGAGGGGCGAGCUGCCGUUCUGGUGCUUCGACCGCACGCCGCGGGAGCUGCGCGUGCCCAACCACGUCGCGGAAAACACGAGGCACCCGAGUGGCGCGCUCGGCGUCCACUCCCUGGCCGUGGACGUGGACCGGGAGGAGCUCAAGAGGGCGUACGCCGGGAUCAACGGCCGUGCCGGGGAGGGCGACGACGGCGGCCGGUGGGCGUUUGACGUGCCCGUCCGCCAGUUCGACGACCCGAGACACCUUCACGUCGAGACGGUUUCUGGCGAGCGAGGCCCGUCGAUCCGCCUUUCCCUGUACACGGCGGCGGGGACGCCGAAGCGGACCAUCGCGGGCGACCUCGGCGGCGGCGUCUCUGUUGCCAUCGACCUGGUCCCCGUUUCCGGGGGUUCCUCUUGAGUGU